AUGUCGAAAUCAACAGCUUCAAGCGUGAAGCCGCGCGUCCUUCGUAAGCUGGGCCAUUUCGAGCGCUUCCAAACGUCAUUGUUGACAAUGGAAUUAGCAUGUGGCCCAAUCGUCACAAGUCUCUAUCGCAUCCCCGAGCAUCUCCAAGAUUCGCACGACAAGCAAGUCGACGCACUCGAGGUCGCUGUCGCAGACACAAUCCGCAAACAUCCUCUCCUGCAAGUCGGAGUAAUUGGCGAAAAGACGAAGCGACCCUCCUGGAUUCAACUCGACGAGGUGAAUCUCAAGAACCACAUUGUCUGGAAAACCGUUGAUCCCAACGACGAAUACGAUGCCAAGCUCAAUGAAAUCACUCCUCAAGAACUCGACACCACGUUUGGAAAUUUCGCAACACGACCAGGCUGGCGGUUGCUUGUCCUGGAGCUUGAGGGUCAGAACUUGCUUGAAGUCAUGUUUAUCUGGAACCACAUGUGCACGGAUGGGAAUGGAGGCAAGAUCUUUCACGAGUCGUUGCUGGAAUCCUUGAACACGCCCAAUCUCCCACCGCUCGAAAAUCACGUCUUCAAGACCACGACAACAGCUGAGAAUAUGCUCCCGCCGCAAAAUGUCAUUGCCAAGUACAAAAUUACGCCCAAGUUUGCUGCCGCCAACAUCUGGGAAGAGCUGAAGCCUCCCAUGCUCGAGUCUAAGACCGCAUAUGUUUCAUGGGCCGAUAUCACGAGGACUCCUCGCAAGACACAAAUCAGAAGCUUCAACAUCGACAACGAAUCCACCCAGAAGAUCCUCUCAGCCUGUCGAUCGCACAAUACAACUCUCACGGGUCUCUUGCACGCCGCCGCAUUCAUGUCUCUUGUGCAUCAACUACCAGAGGAAAAAUUGGCUUCCAUCAUUUCACAAACUCCUCUCAAUCUGAGGCGCUUCAUCAAGCCCAACCCCAAAGCCUAUUCUGGACUUGAGCCCAAGCAGCUAAUCGCAAAUUACGUGACCAUGAUGGACCAUGUUUUCAAAAAGAGUCUUGUCCAAAAGUUUCGCCAACAGUCGAGAGGCGUAGGUGACGAGGAACGAUUUGCUGCCCUUGAGGAAGAGAUGUGGUCUGCGGCCGUUUUUAUCCGGGGAGAAAUCAAGGACAAACUUGACCUCGGAUUAAAGAAUGACGUGGUAGGCUUGAUGGGUGUGGUAGGAGACUGGGACAAGUUCCACAAGGAUGAGUUGAAAAAACCCAGGACAGCAUCUUGGCUGGUCAGCAACGUGGGUGUCAUCGACGGGCGGAACGAUGGGGAUGCUGCUUCACACUGGACCAUUGAGAGAAGCAAAUUCUCUCUCUCAGCCUGUGUUGUGGGAUGCAUGUUCAACAUUGGCGUAGUCAGCGUCAAGGGGAAAGAUCUAUUUGUCGACCUGACCUGGCAAAAUGGAAUUGUUGACGCUGGCAUCGCUGACCAGCUUAUUGCCGAUCUCGAGAAGUGGCUACGUCACGUUGCACAGGAGGCCUAA